AUGACCGACUGCAUUGAAAUCGCUCUGACUAGCGAUACAUCCGCACAGCAUUGGAGCUGUUGUGCAUGGGACGUUCGCACCGGGACGCAGCUGAUGACGUACAGAAACGGUGGACCGUCGGGACCGAACACGCUGCACACCGUCAACAAUCAGGCUAUCGUUUCCGGUAAUCUCACCAAACCGCUGCUAACAGUAUGGCCCAUCAACCGGCAAGAGCCGGCCAACGUGAAGUAUAUGCUGCCGGCCAUACCUGGUGCUGUGGCGGUUUCGCCCGAUGGUAACUACUGUCUCGUAGCUCAUGGCCAUUCCUUCAACGUAUACAACCUGUUAACCGGUGCCAAUAUGGCAUCGGUAGCGCAACAUUACGGAAAGAUCAACGUUCUACGGUUCACGGACGAUGGGUCACACUUCGCCAGUGCUGCCCAGGACUGCCGAAUCGUCGUGUGGAACCUAGCACGAACUGUACAGCAGAAGGACGACCGGAUGCUGUACGAGUUGGCCGAUUUUACGCUGCCCAUUGCAGACGUACUGAUCGGUAAGGGAGGCAUGAAAGCGAUGCUGGCGGCUGUGUCACUUGAUCGUUCCUGCAAGCUGUACGAGUUGGCCACUGGCCGACUGUUACUGAACGUCGUAUUCCCCGUAGCCCUAGCUGUACUGACGAUGAAUGCGCUAGAGACGGAACUGUUUGUCGGAGACAAGAAGGGGCUCAUAUACGUCUGCCACCUGCAGUCUGUUCCACGUUCGAAGGAAAUUCAUCUACAGCAAGAUCUGCUUGACCGGAGCGUAUUCAAAGGCCACACGAAAGCAAUCACCUGCCUGUCGGUGUCAAUGGAUUGCGAAACGUUGCUGUCCGGUGGGGAAGAUGAAACGGUGAUCGUGUGGCAUGUGAAAACACGCCAACAGUUGAAGCUGCUACCACACAAAGCGCCCAUCACGAAUGCGUUCUUUCUCGUCACGCCCCGGGCAAUGUUUGAUCCGACGGUGGAGCUUUCCGUACCGUUUCCACCAUUCCAGAAAGUGGUCAUCACUAGGCAGGAACGAGAAAAGAUUAGCAUCGAGAUGCCGGUUAGAAAGCUUCCGUUGCGCGAACGAUCGGAGCUUUCGGGGAUGUCGUUUGCGGUAUGUGACAGCGAUAAGGACGGUAAAAUGCAAGAGCUCAAACAGGAAAUAGAGAAGCUGAAGGCGAUCAAUCAGCAACUGUAUCAGCAAACUAUAUACGAUAUAACGAACGAAGCACAAUGA